UUAGCAAUAGCAUCUUCUUCUAAGUUCUUGCCCAGCUGAGUUUCCUUACAAAGUUACAUAACAACUUAGCAUGAUUGGGUUGAAUAAAUGAUUCUAUCCAACUCCAAGGACUUUUUAAGGAGUCCGUAUAAUGUAGAUGGUGUCGCCGUCGUGAACUUUAACCCCACCUCAGGCCAUGGCUGGCAGCAGAAUACCUACAGCUCUCUGCCGAUGGCAUGCUAGAAUACCCCAUCACUACCACACAGCUACCAGGCCAUAUCUGACCACCCGACCAUUCCUACCAAAUCACUGCCCACGAAACCUUCCUUCCUCGAGGCUGGGAUACCCUCAAAUCAACCACUUUGGCACGUCGGCGUCACCUAGGCAAGGGGCGGUAUCCGGACGAUCAGAAUCCAGAAUUCGACUGUCGUGGCUGGUUGGACUGGGUUCGGCCUUGCUCGGUGGUCUGGUGUAUUUGAACACUGAUCAGGGUCAGCGUAGGAGGAUAGGCCUGCUGCUGAAUGGUGUUGGGAGGUUUUUGUACUCAGCAUCAGUAGGGUUGACAAUCUCUUUGGACUACUGGUGGUCGACACGUUGGCUGGACGAGGGGCAUCCAGAGUACAGCGCCCUCUGGGCAGCCUGUCACCAACGCGCGGCCGACCGUCUGUUCUACGGCUGCAUCAAGUGUGGGGGCCUGUAUGUCAAGCUGGGCCAGGGCCUGGCCACAUUCAAUCACAUCCUCCCGGCCGCGUACAUAGAGACGCUUCACAAGUUGGAAGACUGCGCACUGGUGCGUCGUCCAAAUGAGCUGAACAGGCUCUUCAUGGAGGAAUUUGGGACCACCCCUGACAAGCUCUUUGCCGAGUUUGAGGAGGAGCCUAUUGCCGCUGCGAGUCUCGCCCAGGUGCACCGGGCAGUCACCCACGACAACCAGACGGUAGCUGUGAAGGUGCAGUACAUUGAUCUGAGAGACCGUUACGACAGUGAUAUCGGGACUCUGAAGCUGCUGCUAGACCUGAUUAGCUGGAUGCAUCCGUCCUUCAAUUUCAAGUGGGUCCUUCAGGUUCUUAAAGAUGACCUGAGGUGUGAGCUGGACUUUGAACACGAAGGAAGGAACGGAGAGCGUUGUCAACAAGACCUAGAGCACCUCAAGUUUGUAUCGGUGCCAAGAGUUCUGUGGGAGUACACCACUAAGAGGGUUUUAACAGCUGAGUUUGUGCACGGUUGUAAGGUCAACGACAAGGAAGGAAUAAUGCAAAUGGGCUUGUCGUCCGCCGAUGUCAAUUCAAAGCUCAUCCGAGGCUUCUGUGAGCAGAUAUUCCAUUCAGGCUUUGUGCAUGGCGACCCCCACCCAGGCAACGUUUUUGUUCAGAAAGGUGCUGAUGGUAAAGCCAAGCUAGUUUUCCUGGACCAUGGUCUCUACCAGGAACUAGAGGACAGUCAUAGAGUGGCAUUGUGUGAGUUUUGGAGAUGCCUGAUUGGCCAGGAUGAGCACGGAAUGGCAGUCAGCGCUGCUAAACUGGGAGUUCAAGAUAUCAAAACCUUUGCCGAGAUAAUGACGCAGCGGCCGUACAAGCUGAGCUCCAGGUUGACUGAGCAAGAAUACAUGGCCAGCCAGGACUUUGAUCAAAUCAUGACGGUGCUGAGACAAAUGCCUCACUCAUUGCUGCUUGUUAUCAGGAACUUAAACACCAUCCGCGCAAUAAACGUCGAGCUGGGAAUGUCUGUGGAUAGAUACACAGUGAUGGCUAGAUGUGCUGCUGGACAGUCAUCGCUGAGCCUAUCGCAACAGCAGAGCAUUGUGGGAAAGGUCAUAGGUUACUAUCGCCGGGGUAUGUUGGAACUGAGACUUUGCGGGACAUACAUCAGCAACUUGGUGACCAUUUACAUCUCGCACAUCCUCCGCCUCCUGGGCUGGAUGUCCAAGGAGGCCGAAGAGCAGCUGACCAUCGCCCUUCGGUCUUGAAGACAAGACACUGCAACUAAGUGUAUUAGGUGCGUGCACAGGAACAGUUGUUGGGCGGUGUAAACCUCGCUGUUCACCCAAUUUUCGAUUGGCGUAUCAGAGAACUAAAUUCGUGUAGUGUUUGGAACAUCUGAGGGUGAUCCAACAUUUUUGACAAUGUGUUCAAAUGUCCCUUCCAGUGGUCUCUCCCAACUCUCCUUUUGUAACCGUUGAGGGGGUACUUGUGUGUACAUAGUUCAUACCAGCAGAACAUUAGCAUUGCCUCUAAGAUGGCCGCUUUGCACAAGGUCAAUAAGGGUAAGUCUACAACAGAAAAUGGUACUGUAGAGCUUUCAUAACAUACAACCACAGACAUCUUUCAAAUGAGAACAAUAAUGCUCAACAAACAGACUUGCCAGUGCCAAAUAAAAUGGUCCUUUUCAAUUUUUCAAGUACUUUCAAAUGCUGCAUUUUGCAUACUUGGUAUGGACAAUAGUUUAGUACAUGUAUGUACGUAAUAAUUGAAGACAUAGCAGCUGACGGUGGUCCAUUGUCAGAAAUAUCCGAGUACUCAUCUGUAAUCUCAGUACCUAAACUUUUAUUUUUUAGCAGAUUUUUUUCAAGGCUUGCAACAGUUUCUUUUUCUUUUUAUUAAUUUGAUCAUUUUUAAUCUAAAUGUAGAUUUAAGUAAAGGAAACGUAUCUUUAUCAGUCAGGGGUCAGUUUAUUUUCCGCCAAAGUUUACUCAUUUUACUUAUUUUUGCAGUUGUGGGUGUGUAUAAACUUGUAAUUUUGAUCGUAAUUUUUGCAAACUGAAGUAUUUCAGUAUUUGACUUUAUAUUUGGUGAUUUUUAAAAAAUUUUCCAGCCAGAACUGAAUUGAAUUGAAUUGGGAUAUCGGUUUUAUAGUUUUAAAAUGAAAGUUUUGCAAAUAAUUAUUGUGUGGCUGCCUUUCAAUAUUUAUUGUAUUAUUCAUGCAACUGGUUGCUCUUUUAAAACCAACAACGAUUAUUGCUUGUAUAAUAAUGCUGCAACAUUUUUAUAAUGAAUACUCAAGUACUAAAUGCUAAAUGCUUUUCUUGUUAUUCAAAGCGUCUGUUAUGCCUGCCUGGGCACGAAAAUAAUUGUAUUGUUUUAAGAAACAAGGUAAUUUGUUAUUGAUUUGAAAACAAAUCAGAGUAAAGGAGGUGAAAAAAAGGAAA